AUGGAUGUUGCCUCUUUUUAUGAUAAAAUGUUGGAUUUAUCAGACAUCAAGGCUAGUAGGAGUUCAUUCAUUAAAAUAUAUGCUUGCAAAGCAGCCAUGUCGAAUGAGGUAUAUACCGAAAGCAAAGAAAAGCCUGUGGGAAGUCAGGAUAUAUUCGGCUCGCAAGAGGAUUCUAGAUCAUCAGUUCUUCGCACGUCACGAGGAAGUAGUAGUAGUUCUGCUACCUUACUGCACUGCAGCCCAGCCAAGGAAGGAUUGAGGCUAAUUUGGAGGGAUAUAUAUGUGCAGCAACUGCCAAAAAUAAGGCUGGGUAGAUUGACUUCUCUAGAAGGAGCAGCACCAACGAAAGUUAUCUUAGAUCAGGGUAAUUUUUGUUUGUCACGAAGUUCUAUCACCUAA